AUGUUAAUUUCACAGUUUCUUUGGUCAACUGUUUCCGCCGCCCAAAGUGUAUUUGACAACAGUUGCCCCAACGACUCACCAGUCUCAUGUUCGUCAUCAAACGCUGCUUCUUGUUGCUUCGAGGCACCAGGUGGUAUACUCUUGCAAACGCAAUUCUGGGAUUAUAGCCCAGCCACUGGUCCAGAUGAUUUAUUCACAUUACAUGGAUUAUGGCCCGAUAACUGUGAUGGAACUUAUGAGCAAUUUUGCGACAAUUCCAACACCAUUGCUAACGAUGGAAGCACAGUGGAAUCUAUAAUUGUUGACUCAUUCAAUGACAAGGAGUUGUAUGAUAAUUUGAAUAAUGCGUGGAAGGACAUCAAUGGUAAUGAUCAUUCACUUUGGGCCCAUGAAUGGAAUAAACAUGGAACUUGCAUCAAUACAAUUUUGCCUAAAUGCUAUACCGAUUACCAACAGUAUCAAAAUGUUUACAACUAUUACAAGAUCUUGUAUGAUUUAUUUGAAACUUUGCCCACUUACAAAUGGUUAGUUGAUGCCGGCAUUACUCCAAGUAAUUCGAAAACGUAUACCAAAUCGCAAAUCCAACAAACAUUAAACUCCAAAUUCGGUGCUGACGUAUAUUUCAAAUGUGAUUCAAACAAUGCCAUUAGUGAAAUUUGGUAUUUCCAUCAUAUUAAAGGUUCACUUUUGCAACAGAAUUUCAUCCCCAUUGAUUCGUUAUCCAAUUCCAACUGUCCAUCUUCGGGUAUUUUGUUUCCACCCAAAAAGGGUGGCUCUGGCUCUGAUCCAAACCCUACAAAUCCCACCACCACUACUACAUCUGGACCAGCUCCUACAGGAGUUCCAUCUUCAGGGUACAUCAAACUCAGUGGCAAAUCAGGUUGUUUAAUCUCCAAUGGUAAAUGGUACACAUCGGGUACUUGUGCCACCUACCAUUUCUCCCAAUCAUCGGACGACAAUAUUGCCAUUACAUCAUCAAAGGGUGCUUGUGGAGUUGAUUCUUCAAACAACUUCAUUUGUGCAUCGUCAGUAGAUUCACUGCAAACGAAAUUUGCAAUUGAAAAUGGACAAAUUGGCGUUGAUGGUAAUUUCAAUUGGUGUUUGGGUGAUUCUACAGGCUCGGGCUCAAGCGCACAAACGUCGAUUUAUUUGAGUGAUGGAUCGUGUAGCUCCUUCACUAUCAGCGUCUCGAAUAAGUAA